GUCUCCUUCAGCUUGGAUGCUAUUUUCUAUUUACAGAUAAUCUUCAGGUGGAAGAAAAUCGGGGUGUUGUUUCUGCGAUCUCAAGCAUUAUGUCUCCCGUAGCUCCUUCAAUAAAUACAUAUGCGGUGGAGUUUCCUAGAAAACGAAAAGGGAGCGAUUCUGAUAAUCAAUAUGCCGGUGACACUGAGGCUGAUGAUCUCCAGAGCAGGAGUGAAGAUGAAGAACAUGUAAAAAUUAAGUAUUUCAGGGAGGCCCACAGCCAAACAGAGAAAAGAAGGAGAGACAAGAUGAAUAACCUGAUAGAAGAAUUAUCCACGAUGAUACCGCAGUGCAGUCCAGUGGCACGUAAGCUGGAUAAGCUUACCGUACUAAGGAUGGCUGUGCAGCAUUUAAAGUCAUUGAGAGGUUCUACUAGUUCUUACUCAGAAGUUCAAUACAAACCUUCAUUUUUACAAGAUGAUGAACUUCAACAUCUAAUCCUUAAGGCUGCAGAUGGUUUCCUUUUUGUGGUUGGAUGUGACAGAGGAAAAAUCCUGUUUGUUUCAGAAUCUGUUUCCAAGAUACUUAAUUAUGACCCAACGAAUUUGACUGGGCAAAGUCUUUUUGACUAUCUUCACCCAAAGGAUGUUGCCAAAGUGAAAGAGCAAUUGUCAUCUUCAGAUGCUUCACCAAGAGAAAAACUGAUAGAUACCAAAACUGGUUUGCAAGUUCACAUGGAUUUUCAAGCGGGAUCUUCUCAUCUGCAUUCUGGUGCUCGGCGUUCAUUUUUUUGCCGCAUAAAGUGUACAAAAACCACAGUCAAAGAAGAGAAGGAGUCCUUGCCAAACUCAAAAAAGAAAGAUCAUAAAAAGUACUGUACCGUUCAUUGCACUGGUUAUCUGAAGAGUUGGCCCACAAAUGAGGUGGGAGUUGAAGAAGAGAAUGAUGCGGAAAAAGAGAGUGGUAACUUUAAUUGUCUUGUUGCAAUUGGGCGAUUACACCCUUACACCAUUCCACAAAAAAGCAUUGAGAUUAAAGUCAAGCCAACGGAAUUUGUAACCCGCUUUGCCAUGGAUGGAAAAUUUGUGUUUGUAGAUCAGCGAGCCACAGCAAUUUUAGGAUAUUUACCCCAAGAACUAUUAGGAACUUCUUGUUAUGAAUAUUUCCACCAAGAUGACCACAAUCAUCUAACUGAAAAACACAAAACAGUGCUACAGAGCAAAGAAAAAAUAUUUACAAAUUUCUACAAAUUCAAAGCAAAAGAUGGUUCUUUUGUCACCUUAAAAAGUCAGUGGUUUGGUUUCAUCAACCCAUGGACCAAAGAACUGGAAUAUAUUGUGUCAAUCAAUACAGUUGUUUUAGGUCAUAACGAAUCGGGUGAAGAAAACCGACAGCCCUGCAGUUCCCUGUCUUCAGAAGAUACAACAAAACCACAAUUUCUUGGUGUACCAGGAAUGUCCACAGGUACUAUCCUUGGAGCUGGUAGCAUAGGAACCAAAAUUGCAAAUGAAGUCUUAGAUCUGCAAAGAUUACGUUCAUCUCCUCUUGGUGAGUUAAGCCCAUCCGAUCUUAUGAGGAAGUCUUCUCCUGUCCUAGCUGUAAACUGUGAUAAUGUGCCAAAUAAAGAACUUACAGAACUAAGUCCUCCAGGGAUAGAAGAUUUAGAAACUUCAGGGCAAAAUCAAGAUGUGAUUUCAUUCUCUAACAAUGAGCCUCUUCUCAGUGGCACUUCUCAAUUAGAUUUUGAAAAAGACACUCCCAUGGCUGCUCUUAUGAAUUAUUUGGAAGCUGAAGGAGGCCUCGCUGAUCCCACAGAGCUCAGUGACAUGCAGUGGACUCUUUAGUCUUAUACCAGUGAGAAGAUAGUCUUCAAUGCACAAAAAGUAAUCACUCAUCCUCAAGUACUGUAUUGGUGUAUUUUAAGGCUUUAAUUCCUAUUUACAAUAACAAUAUUUGCAGUAUUAAUAUUUUUGAAAGACUUUUGCCUUAUUUGUAAAAAAAUGGCUUUGGCUCCUACGCUGAAGAGAUGCAAUAUUUUUUAAAGACACAGAACCUCAAUUUUGCUAUUGAUGUGUACGUAGACUUUAAACAUGCUUUAAACAUGGACAAAUUUUUACUGAAAUCUUUUAAGGGACAUUAUUGUAAGCAAGAAGCAUAGAGAUUCUGUUCUGAAAUAUCUCUGCCAUUGAGAUAUUAUUUAUUUGUGGGUUUUGUUGAUUAGAUUUCUAAUGUAUUAAUGUUUCUUCAGGAAAAAUGCUGUGCUUGAGUAGACUUAGAUACUAUGUCAGUUCCCAUAAUAGCUGUAGUCUUUAUACCAUACUGUCUUUCUGUCUAUGAAACCUGUGAUCAAGGAACUGGUAUGGGAAGGUUGUUAAACUGAUCCAUCAUGCUUAUCAGAAAACAAUACUUUACAAAAUUGCUGCAGGAACAGUUGAAAAAACUAAUAAAUAAGGUAUCUAAUUUGCAGAGGAGUGAUAUAUUAUAGGGCUGUGCAGGGCUUUGAAGUACAAAUGUACCGGACUUGUCUGAACUCUUCAAAGCAGCCACAUCUUUAAAAACCCAGCUGCUCCAAAGAGUUGCAGACAGGGGCUACGUUCAUACUCCUGCAUGCUCUGAAAGAUCUUUUUGGAAUCCAGUCAGAAAUAAAGAAUAGCCCUGUUUUUAACCCAUGAAUGAAAUAGCCCUGUUUUAACCCAGCAAGUUAAAAGUUAAGAUUAAUAUGAAAAGAAGAUAUAAGUCACUGUGUGUGCUCUAUUAACUAUUCAUUACAGCAUGAUGAUCACGUUUUUAAGGGAAAAAAUUCAGAUGUUGACAUAGAACUUGGACCAUUGAGAUGUAGCACCAUGGGAU